AGUGUGUAACGUCACUUUCAGUGCUCUUCCAUCAAGAUUGACUGCAAUCUAUCCUGCAUGCUUUCCGGCAGCAUUUAAGGAAGUUAGGUCUCAGUUACAGGGCCAUUACAAUUUGGCAACUGUAGUUCCUGAAGGUGAUGAUGUCAUACUGAUCAGCUGACAGCUGUCCCACCUCCCAGAGGACACGGAUCACGCACGAGGAGGAUGCUGGGAAUCAGAUGUCUGAAACUGAUUACUACAUCAACAAAUCAAAUCCUUGAAGAUUGUAGAGUUACUGAUUCUGUGAAGUGCAAUAUGAAAUGCCAAACCUGUUCCAUCUCUUAAACAUGAAGCUGGCGCUUGAGUUAAAGAAUUGGAACUUGAACCGAUAAGGUUUCCUCACAGUAUCUGUUGAAGUUCAGGAUGCUGUUGAGAAGUGGGCCUUUUUAAGGUCUGUUUACGCCUUAAGUUAGAAGUACUGGAUUCAGUGUUUUCUGCACUGAACUGUGGCUGCAAACACUGGAGCUAAGCAACAAGGUGCAUUGAUGUUUGUAAUUUAUUUUUCAAGUGUUGGAGUAAAGAUUGUAGUAAAGCUUAUGAUCUCAUUUGUCCGAUGGUAUAUUGUGAAUCCAGUCUUUGCUGCCAGUGUGCACAUUCAGCUUCUCUUAUAUUGAUAAUGUGAGCAAGACAGGAGAUCAAAUCUAAUUGAAUUACUUACAUCAGGGGUUUUCAACCGGUGGUCCGCGGACCCCUGGUGGUCCGCGGCGGCAUUGCAUGUGGUCCGUGACAAGAGCCUAUGUUGAUCAGUUCACCAUUGUUUUUUUUUAAUAUAAAUUCGCUUUGAUAUUUCAACACAUUUCCAGAAUACCGUUACAUAUCGUGAAAAAUAUGUUUAAAAUAAUAUAAAGGAAAUUCAAGCUGACAGAAUGUAGCCUUGCGCCUAUCCAGUCUAUGGUAGCCUGUGAUUCGCUAAUGGUAAUGAGUUGCGUCGCUAACCUCACUUAUUAUUCAUUACGUACAGUCUUGCGAGCAAAGUUGACACACAUUUAUAAGCAUAGCCGACGAGAGUAUUUUAAGAUAGGUUGUAGUACAGCAAACAUUUGUUACAUAUGUACUAUUCUAGCUAUAUAUCUAGCACCAAUGGAUCGUUUUGUAGUGAGGAAAGUGCCAGAGGGACAGGCUGCCAUGACAGAGGGUCAGGCUGCCACGACAGAGGGACAGGCCGCCACGAUAGGGCAAGGACAGGCUUCCGAAGCGUCAACUUCGCAAAAAAGACGAAAAAGAAAAUACAAUGAGGAAUAUGUUAAAUAUGGAUUCACAGUGACGACAGACAGAGCAGGAGAGGAGGUACCACUGUGUUUCGUAUGUUCAACAAUUCUCUGUAAUGAAGCUAUGAAGCCGUCGAAACUUACGCGGCAUAUGGAGACGCAUCACGUCCACUUGAAGGCCAAACCCGUUGAGUACAUGCAACAGAUGUUGCGUGAUUUCAAAGGACAGCAGGCUACCAUGAGGAAGAGUGCAAAAAUAAAUGAAAACGCACUGAAAGCAUCGUAUCUGGUCGCUCUCAGGGUUGCAAAAAGUAAGAAGCCCCAUACCAUUGCAGAGCAGCUUAUAUUGCCAGCAGCCAUAGAUAUGUGCAGAGCUAUGGUAAGCGAAGAAUGUGCCAACAAAUUAAAAACUAUUCCGUUGUCAGACAACACAAUCGGAAGACGAAUUGGGGAAAUGGCAAAUGAUGUCAAAGACCAGCUGAUGGCAAAACUUCAGACAGUUCUGUUUUCCCUUCAAAUCGACGAGACGACAGAUGUUACUAAUGAUGCGCAACUGUUAACAUUUGUGCGAUACGAGGACAGUGGCACUAUGUGCGAGGAAUUUCUUUUUUGCAAACCACUGCCCGGGCGAACUACCGGUGUAGAAAUAUUUAAAGCACUGGACGAUUUUUUCACGGAGCACAAUAUCUCGUGGCAGAGGUGCGUUGCAUUAUGCAGCGAUGGGGCCCGAGCCAUGAGUGGCAGCAAGACUGGACUGUUUGCGCAUGUAAGGAGGGUGGCUCCGGGGGUAAUUUGGACACACUGCCUGAUUCAUAGAGAGGCUCUCGCCUCCAAAGAUCUCAGUGUUGAGCUCAGUGGUGUGUUUGAUGUCGUUGUCAAGACGGUCAACUUCAUAAAACGAAACGCAUUGAAUACACGCCUGUUUUCAUCCCUAUGCCAUGACUUGGGAAGUGAACACAGCUCUCUCCUUUAUCAUUCAGAGGUGCGUUGGCUGUCUCGCGGCGCUGUGCUCGCCCGUGUGUUUGAACUACGCGGAGCUAUCUACGAGUUCUUGUGCGAGAAGCAUUCUGAUCUGGCUUCCAAUUUCAACGAUAGUUACUGGUUAACUAAGCUGGCGUACCUCACAGAUGUUUUUGCAGAGCUGAACAAGUUGAACAGCUCCAUGCAAGGGAGAGAUGCAAACGUCAUGCAGCUCUACGAGAAGCUCGACGCAUUUGUGAAAAAAAUGUCAAAGUGGAUCGAACGAGUGGAGAGCAAUAACUUGGCGAUGUUUCCUUCAGUUGAGGAAUACCCUGACAGCACUGACAUCAACGACACUAUAUGUGAGCAUUUGAGGAAGCUUGUGCGUCAAUUCGCAAAGUACUUCACUGAUUCGGAAGAGUGGCGCCGUGACAGCAAGUGGAUCCUGCUCCCAUUCAGUGACGAUGCAUCAGUAGGGUCAAGUCUGAUGGCUGUGGAAGAGGAUAAGCUGAUUGAGAUGUCCACAGACUCUGUCAGGAGGCAUAUGUACGACACACAGCCCCUUGUUAAAUUCUGGAUAAGUUGCCAGACAGAAUUUCCACAGCUUGCUGCAAAAGCAAUGAGGUGUCUUUUGCCCUUUCCAACCACAUACCUGUGUGAGAGUGGUUUUUCUACACUGGCGUACUUAAAGAAUAAGUACAGGGCUAGGCUUGAUCCAGAGAAUGACAUGAGACUGUCUCUGUCUACCAUUUCGCCACGAAUAGACAGGCUGUGUGGACUUCACCACGCCCAGAUAUCACACUGACAGGUAGGCCUAAUUCUCCCAUGUUUUCACUGUUACGACCCUGGCGGGUUUAGGCCCCGCCCUGUGUUAAUGGUAAGCCUGUUCUCUCUCCCUGCUUUUCUCAAUCUCUCUCUGCUUUUCUCAAUCUCUCUGUCUCUACAGCAGGUGAUUGGUGACAGGUCUGUCCUGGCUGGGUUAUAAAAGCCCUGACCAGCCAGCAGUUGAGGCUGCCUUGGUCUUCAUUUGUUGGAUUUUGGUUCUCCGGUGUUGUUGGAUUUUUGUUCUCCGUUGUUGUUUUGUCACACACCUAGACUGACUUUGCAUGACAUUUUUAGUUACUUUUCCCAAUACUGAAUUGCACAACACUUUAUUAUUCUUUAUUCUUUCUUUAAAAUAAUCUUUAAUUUAAUUUAAUUUAAUAAAUCUACUUUUAUUAUUAUAAAAUCUGCGUGGCCUCUCUUUCAUGUUUCAUGCAUUGAGCUAUGCAUGUAACACCAAAUACACACGCGCACGCGCAGGCACAUCAGUGGGCCGCGGAUUGCUUUCUAGUCCGAAUGGUGGUCCCUGGGACAAAACCAGUUGAAAACCCCUGACUUACAUGGUCAAUAUAAUAUAAGAAGUUAUGGGAACUUGAUAUAAAAUAUUAACAACAUAACAGUUCAACAAAUGCCUUCCAUGCGUAGAAAUAUAUUUGGUGCUUUAAAUGUUUCUUUAAAUUGCAUAAGAUAUUCACAGCUGAGAUUGCGUAAGACAGGGUGUUUUAAAUGACUAAACCAGGAGACUGCAUGAGUCGGUUUUAUAAACAAAUCUAUGAGCAAGUUGAGAUGUUAAGACAAGUUCCAGCAAGACUUUUCCUCACGUUGUGAGCUCAAAUUAAGGGUAAUUUGCUCCUACAACGUGAUCAAUCAUUUAAGGAAAUGCCUCCAACAAAGUCUCAAUAUGCGGUGCUUCGUGAUUUCAACUAAAACAUCUCUUGAUAAAUUUCAGCCUGGAUGUGCCAAAAUAAUGUCUGUGAUGUAUAGGUGGUUUUACAAGAUAUCAUAAAGUGUCCCCCUCGUAGAGUGUUUUUCCUAUGAGACAGGAUGCCCCUAAGUCAUAUUUGAUUUCCAUCUAGCAAAGACAAGGGCAGGAUAUUCACUCUUAAGGAUUACCUUUCAACAGAUCUGGCUGUUUGAUUUUGGUCAACAACCACACUGUUGCUUUCCAGUGUCCAGAGUGUAGUACAAAUGUCAACAUACGUGUGUGCUGACUUAAACAAAGCAGGCAGAUUUGUGUAAAAUAGGAGUGAGCACUGCUUUAAUGACAGCAAUUAUUUUGGAUUUACAUAUGAACAGAUGUUCAGGUCUAAACACCUUACAUGCAAUUUAAAGGGAAAUCUACCUAUUUUGUUAUUUCAAUCUUCAUGUUUAUCAGGAUUAUUCAGUAUGUUUGUGAAUUGGCUCUGCGCCAUUAUGAAAGAAGUAAACUGAACCAAAAAACGUAUACACUGAACUGAAUUUUCAGUUGUAGAAUAAGUGCUGAUGUCCUUUUAUAACAACAUAAAAAUACUCUUACAACGAUAAGCCCUGUAUUCAAAUCCGAUGUAAGAUGAUAUCCACUAAGAGCUGUUAUCAGCAAUACAUACUCAAAGUAUUAGAACUAAAAUAAUUCUCAAAGAGAAAUACAGCUCCUGUGUGACUGCCAUUAUAUAUUAUAUUCUACCUGUAUUAAUAGAAAUACAAAGAAGCCUAUGAUGUUUCUGUUUGGUGGAGCUAACUGUACGUACUUGAUAUAGUUGAAGAAGGAUGAGAUGAAUAGUGGCAUAAAGGUAAUGGGGGGAACAAAAACAGUUCUUGAGGCUUAACGUUUUUGUCAAAUAUUGCAAAAAAUACUUUUUCUUCUGGUUAUAGCCAACCCAACCAGAAUCUGCUUUGAUGUAAAGGGGGGCCUAACAAAUGGGAACCUUGGUUUUAUCAAUGGGUUAGUGUGGAUUGUUUUAUCUUGUUAUGUAAAGCUUUCAAGUAGCCUGAUGUUUGUAGAGUAAAACGAAGUGCUUUCCUCUAAAAUGUAGUGUACUUUAAAUGGAAAAAACUGAAAGACAUGAUUAAAGCACAGAAGGGGAUCAAAUAGGAAAACACGUGCUUCUCCAGAUGAGCUAAAUAGUGUUGGGUUCGAUUAAUAGCGUAGAAAAAAAC